CUGCGCAAUAAAAGCAUAGCAGACAGAAACAGACGGCCAUUGGACAUAGUAACACAUAAUUGCACUCGUUUCGCGCCCAAAAAUAUUGAAUAAUUUAAAGUUUUUUGCAAAGGUAGUCAUGGUCUCCAAUUCAGAUCCGGGUGAAGGUACCUCGGAUGGUAGACACAAGCGCAAGCGAAAGCCAAAGUCAAAACACUCAAAGACGACAAUAAAACAAGAAAACGAUAUCAAAGUGGAACCAAGGGACGGAGACGGCACAUAUAUGGUUCAAUUCUCGCCACCAACAUCACCAAUCGAAACAAGUGGCACAAUCAAAUCAGAGAGCGAGACCGACGACGAACUGUGUUUGAAAAGCGAACCGGAUUGUGUGAAAACAGAAAUUAAAAGCAACAAAGACGAAUGUUCGAUGAAGAAAUGUGACGCUGCACAGGACGGACACUUAAAUGAUAAUUCCAGCAAUCACAACGACGGUAUAAAUGUAGCCAAUGUAGGAGGAAAUGUAAACGACAACGAUGAACAGCGUGGAAAAAAGAAAAGUGGAAAGAACAAAAACGCCAACCAUAAAGCGUCAAUCGAUCCAGCUAAAGCAAAAGAACAAAAGAAACACAAAUGUCAUAUGUGUGAUUAUGCAGCUUCAUUCAAUUCGCAACUCAAAAAAUCCUUCAGUGACCAAGCCAGUCAUUGCAAUUGAGAAGCCACCGCUGCGACUAUCAUCAUACUGUCGACAAGCCA